UUCCACAUCUCCAGCCUGCUGGAGAAGAUGACGUCCAGCGACAAGGACUUCAGGUACUCAUGAGCCGCCUAUCACUGUGACAUGCAAAUGACAUAUGCCAUGUACUGAUCAGUCUAGUUGAGGUGGCUCAGCACUGCCUGCAGCCCUGGCUACCCACGUGCCUUCGAACCCUUGCGCUGAGCUCCAGUUUUGGGGAACUCUAGUACACCUACCCGUCUGUCAGGGCCUGGAAGCUGCUGGACAGUGCUCCUCCUCCCUGCCCCUCACCAGGUUCAUGGCCACCAGUGACCUGAUGUCAGAGCUACAGAAAGACUCCAUCCAGCUAGAUGAGGACAGCGAGCGCAAGGUGGUGAGGACCCUGCUGCGGCUCCUGGAGGACAGGAGUGGUGAGGUGCAGAACCUGGCUGUCAAGUGCCUGGGUCCCCUGGUGGGCAAAGUGAAGGAGUACCAAGUGGAGACGAUUGUGGACACCCUUUGUGCCAACAUGCGGUCAGACAAGGAGCAGCUCCGGGACAUCGCCGGCAUUGGCCUGAAGACCAUCCUCUCGGAGCUGCCUCCCGCCACCACAGGCUCAGGACUGGCUAUCAACGUGUGCCGCAAGAUCACAGGCCAGCUCACCAGUGCCAUCGCCCAGCAGGAGGACGUGGCUGUGCAGUUGGAAGCCCUGGACAUCCUCUCCGACAUGCUGAGCAGGCUAGGUGCCCCACUGGGCACCUUCCAUGCAAGCCUGCUGCACUGCCUACUGCCCCAGCUGAGCAGCCCGCGCCUGGCUGUUCGCAAGCGUGCCGUCGGGGCACUCGGACACCUGGCCGCCUCCUGCAGCACUGACCUCUUCGUGGAGCUCGCUGACCACCUGGUGGACCGGCUUCCCGGCCCGCGUGCGCCGGCCAGCCCGGCAGCCAUUCGAACCCUGAUCCAGUGUUUGGGCAGCGUGGGCCGCCAGGCUGGCCAUCGCUUGGGGGCCCACCUGGCUCGCCUGGUACCCUUGGUGGAGGAGUUCUGCAACCUGGAUGACGAUGAGCUGAGAGAGUCCUGCCUCCAGGCCUUCGAGGCCUUCCUAAGGAAGUGCCCCAAGGAGAUGGACCCUCAUGUACCCAAUGUGACCAACCUCUGCCUCCGGUACAUGAAACAUGACCCCAACUACCAUCAUGACAGUGAUGAGGACGAAGAGCAGAUGGAGACUGGGGACAGUGACUUCAGUGAGCAAGAGAGCGAGGACGAGUACAGCGACGAUGAUGACAUGAGCUGGAAGGUGCGCCGAGCAGCCGCCAAGUGCAUGGCAGCCCUGAUCGGCUCUCGUCCCGACCUGGUGCCCGACUUCCACUGCACUCUGGCUCCCGCGCUCAUCCGCCGCUUCAAGGAACGGGAGGAGAAUGUCAAGGCAGACAUCUUUGGGGCUUACAUCAUGUUGCUGCGACAUACGCGGCCCCCUAAGGGAUGGCUAGAAGCCGUGGAGGAGCCCACCCAGACUGGCAGCAACCUCAGUAUGCUACGGGCACAGGUGCCCCUAGUAAUGAAGGCCCUACAUCGGCAACUUAAAGAUCGAAAUGUCCGGACCCGCCAGGGCUGCUUCAACCUCCUCACUGAGCUGGCAAGUGUUCUCCCCGGCAGCCUGGCAGAGCAUAUGCCCGCGUUGGUAUCAGGCAUUGUCUUUUCGCUGGCUGACCACUCCAGCUCCUCCACCAUUCGGAUGGAUGCCCUGGCCUUCCUGCAGGGGCUUCUGGGUACAGAGCCAGCCGAGGCCUUCCACCCACACCUGCCCACCCUCCUACCACCUGUGAUGGCCUGCGUGGCUGACCCUUUCUACAAGGUGGCAGCUGAGGCUUUACUGGUGCUCCAGGAGCUGGUGCGGACCCUGUGGCCACUGGAUAGGCCUCGGAUGCUGGACCCAGAGCCAUAUGUUGGAGAGAUGUCCACGGCUACCCUGGCACGACUCCGCGCUACUGAUCUAGACCAGGAAGUGAAGGAACGGGCCAUCUCUUGUGUGGGCCACCUUGUGGGUCACCUUGGUGACCGGCUUGGGGAUGACCUAGAGCCCACACUUAUGCUUCUCUUGGACCGCCUACGGAAUGAGAUCACCCGGUUGCCUGCUGUCAAGGCGCUGACACUGGUGGCUGUGUCUCCAUUACGACUUGACCUGCAGCCCAUCCUGGCUGAGGCACUCCCUAUCCUGGCUUCGUUUCUGCGCAAGAAUCAGCGGGCACUGCGGCUGGCCACGCUGGCUGCCCUGGAUGCCCUGGCUCAGAGUCAGAGCCUCGGCCUGCCUCCGCCUGCUGUGCGGGCCGUGCUAGCUGAACUGCCUGCCCUGGUCAGCGAGAACGAUAUGCAUGUGGCCCAGCUGGCUGUCGACUUCCUUGCCACUGUGACCCAGGCGCAGCCCACCUCUCUUGUGGAAGUCAGUGGGCCUGUCCUGGAAGAGCUGAUGCGGUUGCUGCACUCCCCCUUGCUGCCUGCUGGGGUGCUGACAGCCACUGAAGGCUUUCUGCAGGCACUGGUGGGAACCCGCCCUCCGUGUGUGGAGUACUCUGAGCUCAUUAGUCUGCUCACUGCACCUGUUUACAACCAGGCUGAGGAUGGAGGACCCGGCUUGCACAAGCAGGUGUUCCACUCACUGGCCCGGUGUGUGGCUGCCCUCUCAGCUGCCUGUCCCCAGGAGGCAGCAGGAACUGCCAGCCGCCUGGUCUGUGAUGCCAGGUCGCCCCAUUCAAGCACAGGAGUCAAAGUCUUGGCAUUCCUGUCACUGGCUGAGGUGGGCCAGGUGGCUGGGCCAGGCCCCCAGAGAGAGCUGAAGACCGUGCUUCUGGAAGCCUUGGGGUCUCCCAGUGAGGAUGUGAGGGCUGCAGCCGCAUAUGCCCUGGGCCGUGUGGGUGCUGGCAACCUGCCUGAUUUCCUGCCCUUCCUGCUGGCACAGAUCGAGGCCGAGCCCCGGCGACAGUACCUGCUGCUACAUGCACUUAGGGAGGCCUUGGCGGCUGCCCAGCCUGACAACCUAAAGCCCUAUGUUGAGGAUGUCUGGGCGCUGCUCUUCCAGCGCUGUGAGAGCCCUGAAGAAGGCACGCGGUGUGUGGUGGCUGAGUGCAUUGGGAAGCUAGUGCUUGUGAACCCUCCCUUCCUCCUGCCUCGGUUCCGGAAACAGCUUGCUGCAGGUCAGCCAUAUACCCGGAGCACGGUCAUCACUGCAGUCAAGUUCCUCAUCUCAGACCAGCCGCACUCCAUCGACCCCCUCCUGAAGAGCUACAUUGCAGAGUUCAUGGAAAGCCUGCAGGACCCAGACCUGAACGUGCGCCGGGCCACACUCACUUUCUUCAACUCAGCUGUGCACAAUAAACCAUCAUUGGUCCGGGACCUGUUGGAUGACAUCCUACCCCUCCUCUACCAGGAGACCAAGAUCCGUCGGGACCUCAUCCGAGAGGUGGAGAUGGGGCCCUUCAAGCAUACGGUAGAUGAUGGACUGGAUGUGAGGAAGGCAGCCUUCGAGUGCAUGUACUCACUGCUGGAGAGCUGCCUGGGCCAGCUGGACGUCUGCGAGUUUCUGAACCACGUGCAGGAUGGGCUGAAGGACCACUAUGACAUCCGAAUGCUGACCUUCAUCAUGCUGGCCCGGCUGGCUACCCUUUGUCCUGUACCUGUCCUGCAGAGGGUUGACCGGCUCAUCGAGCCACUCAGAGCCACCUGUACUGCUAAGGUCAAGGCUGGUUCUGUGAAGCAGGAGCUGGAGAAGCAGGAUGAGCUGAAGCGCUCAGCAAUGCGGGCAGUGGCUGCCCUGAUGACCAACCCUGAGGUACGGAAGAGCCCCGGUAUGGCUGACUUCUCUGCCCAGAUCCGAUCCAACCCAGAACUCACCGCCCUCUUCGAGAGCAUCCAAAAAGACUCGGCCUCUGGUCCCAGCAUGGAUUCUAUGGAACUCAGCUAGCUGUCCCGAACGCAAGCCUCCCCUCCCAUCCCCAUGGGCCUUGGCCACCCCAUCCUUCCCAGGCAGCCUCAGUGCCUUCCUAGGGCCCCUACUCAAGGCCUCAGCUUCAGUGGGGAGCUGGGCCCAUUAACUCAGGACACUCACAGCAGGGGUGAAGUCCUACCACCUUUACACUGCACCCCUCCACGUGAUGAGAAGCCAGCACUGGACUCUAGGGGUUGGCUUCCUACUUCACUUACUGUGGACUCACAUGUCAGAAAAUAGCACCCUGGCCAAGGGGAGGGCUGUGUAGAGCCCAGGCAAGCUUCUUAAAACCUGGAACGCCUCAUUUCUAGUUAACAGAGUAAGAAUUGUUUCCAGGGAAGAUGUGUAACUCACUGGACAGGCUUGGCCCCACUGUUUGAACCAUCUCUAACCUCAUCACCAAGGCGUCUAACCGUUUGUGUUCUUCUCAAGGUGUGUAGUGGUUAGUAUUGAAAAUUCAAGUCUAGAUCAUAGGCCAGAACCACUCCUACCCCCACCCCCUGGAGCAUUUCUGUACAGAGAUCCUCCUGCCUCUGCCUGGGAUUAAAGGCGUGUGCCGCCACUGCCACCACCACCAGUUACGGCCCAAAUUUUGUGAUCUGAAUAAAGAACAGAUACAAAGUU